UCAUUGUUUAAUAAAGUAUUUGGGCUGAAAACCUUUUCGAUCUGGCAACCCUGGAGAUGAGACAACCUUUUACCUUUCAAAAUGGCGCAGAAGGAUUUUUGCAUCGGGAGUUUUUUUCUUUUAUCAUUAUCGUAAAAUUUCCUGUUGUUUUGAUGCCUUCCUAAUACGUAGUGUACACCGUUGUAAAAGUUAUUUUUCAACCAAGUGUCUGAGUAGAACACUCAUUUAAUACUUGUUGCCCACGCAACAAAAACCUAAAUGAAGUCCCUGUCUGCCAUGUUUUUUUAAUUUUCAUUUUUUGCUCCAACAACAAAAGCACACCCUCACCUCUUGUGCGCUCGAAGAGCCUUUGACUGUUUAUUAUUAGCCGAACAGCUAAAAGCAUUAGCCGCCGAGCACCUAACGUCGUGCCGUCGGCCGUCGCCGUGGAAACUGCGGACGCCCCGCCCACCCGCAGAAGUUUCUGGUGAGGUGAGGACAGUGUCCGGAAGCCUCUCGUUCCGUUCCCCUCUGGAUGCCCCUCCGGGGGAAUGCGUCGACAUGACGGAGGAGGGAGGCCUUAGGGUCCGCGUCCCCCUGGCCGCUAAGGCGCUGUCCGAGCCCUUCGUCCGUCUGCGCUACCUGGACACCUCGGCGCUGGUGUGGCGUCAACAGCAGGAGGCCCCCCCGUAUCCGUCUUCCUACCUCAGCCGGAGCCGCUCGGCCUGGUACAGCAGCUACGGGAACUGCGCCGUGGUGGUCCCUGACAAGAGCGUCCUAGACGACCGGGAACGCUCCAGAGUCUGCGCGAUCAUGUAGCGCCGUCAU